CGAAGACGCGUAAAGCGGCCAUUUGAGCGGCUCGCUUUUAUUUCUUUGGUUACAACUUUAUGUCCGGCGAUCAGAACGAGGGGGUUGUUCGCAGCGGAAAUCUAAUCUUUCGCCCUCCUCGCUCUGCUCUUGAUCUCUACGAGCAGUUCAUAUUCUCUAUCGCUCUCUUUUUUCCUUUCUUUUGAGCGAUUUUGUCACGCUGGGCGAUGGAUUUUCGGAGGGGUUUCUGAAGAUUUUUUUUUUUUGAUAACAAUACGAUCUCUGGAUUGGAUUUUGAAUAUGGAGCAUAAUGAUCGUGAUUGAGAUCGCCGUUUUAAAUAGGAAGGAGGUUGAAAUUUAAGGUACCUGGAGUCCGAUUCAUUGCUUAUGAUUUCUGUUGUUAGUGGUUUUAGGCUUUCGGCAGCAAAAUGCCGAGCUUUUCCUUUUAUCUGUAGAUUGUUGAAUUUCUCGCAUUGAUUUGCUCUUUUAGGGACAUUUUUUAUGCUAUGCUUCUAAGUGCUUUGUGAAAUUUGCAGCCGGAGUUUUGAAGGAUUUACUUUAGGCUUUGGCCGUGUCCACAAUCAUUUGGUUGGCCAAAAAAACUUUUUUUUUUGCUGAAAUCUGAAAUACUAGAGUAGAAACUCAUUGCCUGUUUGAUUCGAUAGCUAGUGAAAGUAUUUUGGAUCUUGAUUGGUUAAAAAGGUCGAAAGAUUGGAUUUUUAACUGUAUCAGAUUUGGGCAAUAGGCUUCUCCUUGGAUUCCUUGGAAUUUCAAACGUCAUCUUUGUUUGAGCAGAGACUUUCCUUUGUUGAAGGGAGAACUUGCAUAAUCGUGGAAGUUCUGGCUUCAGAGAUUAGUUUAAAAGCAGAAGGUUGGGCUUUUUCCAGCUUCUGAAUCAUUUUCCAGAUAGCAUGGCUCUUGUUCUUGCCUAAUAACUUUAGUGGGUUUGUGGAAUCAUGGCGAUAUCUUCGCCUAAAAGCCAUUCUGGUGUUAUGGCAAUUCUUCGGUCCCUUUCCUCGAUGGCUGUUUCAGUGGGAGCCUUAGCUCUAUUUCUUGUGGUUGCAUCACUGAUUCUAGUUUCAUAUCCUGUCGGUUUAUCCCUCCGUGGUUAUCUCCUUGGUGAAGACCAUUUGAGCAAAGCAGUGCCAAUAGCUCUUAGUGAUAAUCUGACCAAACUUCUGACUUCGCCGCCAGGGCCUUUGCAAAAUGGUCAGCAGGAUAUGGUUAUCAAGCAACCUUUAUCUAGGCAUGAGAUGCCAGAUAAUCCGGAAGUUCCUACCACAUUAUCUUCUGGUAGAACAGUAGAGAUGGGGGCUGCCAACAGCUCUGGUUCUUCAGAUAGUACUGACAUUGUAGAAUUGAGCAGCUCCUCUCCCUCCGGUACCUUCGAUCAUUCUGGGAAUACCAAUGCAGGAAAUUCUGAUGAUGGCUCGGUUUCCACAAAUUCUACAUCAACACUUGCAACUGUCCCUUCAGUUCCAUCAGAGAGUUCCGAGAAGGCCAUUUCGGCUUCUUCAAAUUCCACACUGGGAGUUGGAACUCUCCCUUCAGCUUCAUCAGACACUGCUGAGAAGGUUGAUUCUGCUUCCUCAAAUUCCACACCUGCAGUUGUGACGCCCCCUCCAGCUUCAUCAGACCAUGCUAAGAAGGUUAAUCCUGGGAGCUGUGACCUGUACCAUGGGAAAUGGAUCUAUGAUGCUGCUGGUCCGUUGUAUACAAACAACUCAUGCCCCAUCAUAACACAAAUGCAAAAUUGCCAGGGAAACGGGAGACCAGACAAGGAUUAUGAGAACUGGAGGUGGAAACCUGAACAGUGUGACCUCCCACGCUUUGAUGCCAGGAAAUUCUUAGAGUUGAUGAGGGGAAAGACACUGGCCUUUAUCGGGGAUUCAGUUGCUCGGAAUCAGAUGGAAUCAAUGAUGUGCAUUCUAUGGCAGGUGGAAGUUCCCAAGAACCGUGGAAAUCGUCGGAUGCAGCGAUGGUACUUCAGGUCCACCUCUACAAGCAUUGUCCGCAUAUGGUCCUCAUGGCUUGUUCAUAGUACCCCCGAGCCCUUCCAAUCUAUCCCAGAGGGGGUUACCAAGGUCCACCUGGACAUCCCUGAUGAGACCUUCAUGGAAUUCCUCCCAAGGUUUGAUGUGCUGGUCCUUUCUUCUGGCCACUGGUUUGCCAAACAAUCUGCAUACAUCCUCAACAAUACCAUUGUCGGGGGACAGCUCUGGUGGCCCAAAGGAAUGGGUAAGAUGAAGAUCAACAAUAUUGAAGCCUUCGGUAUAUCAGUCGAGACCAUCAUGACUGCUAUUGCCUCUCACCCAAACUUCACAAAUCUAGCAAUUGUUCGCUCGUUUUCGCCCGACCAUUAUGAGGGUGGGGCUUGGAACACAGGAGGGUCAUGCACUGGAAAGGUUAGGCCGGUGACCGAGGUGGUAAGGAAUGGAUUCACGAGUAUUAUGCAUGAGAAGCAGGUUACAGGAUUUGAACGGGCGGUGAAGAAGGCAAGAAAGGGUGCCAAGUUGAGGUUGAUGGACAUCACCGAGCCUUUUGGGUACAGGGCUGAUGGGCAUCCAGGGCCGUAUAGGAGCCUUGACCCGAACAAGUUGACAAAGAGAGGACCAAAUGGAGAGCCCCCACCACAGGACUGUUUGCACUGGUGCAUGCCAGGGCCAAUUGAUACAUGGAAUGAAAUUUUGCUGGAGAUCAUUCGGAGAGACUUUGAGGGAGCAUGAAACUGAUGAAAGCUUGCAGAUUGUUUUGUUCUUGAGCUAACGUUGUCCUUGACCUCAUGAGAGAAGCCAGAAAAAAAAAAUACUCUCAUAAGUAGGAACAAGAAGGGGUAUCUAGGUGUUCUUUGGCCUCAUGAGAGCAGGAAAAAAAAAAAUAGUCUCAUGAGUAGGAACAAGAAGGGGUAUCUAGGUGUUAUUUGGUGGAUCAUUUACAUGUAUAAGUUUCUCGCUAUGGUUUGUUUCCAAGCAAGUUGGCGGACCAAGAGGGCAUCCAGAUAAUUGGAAGUCAGGGAUUCCAGUGGAAUCAGACUGAGAAUGAGGUUAGAAUUGUUGAUUCGGUAUGCAAGGAUGUGAUGUGGAUUCUGAAAGUACUGACUACUUGAAUUGCAUGAACGAAAAUUUCAAUUAGGUGAUGCCAUAUUUGAUGUGUAUAAUUUUUUUGUAAUGAAAUCAUCUUAUAUCUCUGUCACACCUAUGCACUACUUCCUUUAUGAGAGAAGUAUCUUGGCUUAUUUUUGGACUAGCAA